UCGGACCAGCCGCGAAUAGCCGACCAUUUUUACGCCCCUAAAAUUACCAACAUUUCGCACCCAAAAAUCAGGUCUCACCUAUAAAGAGGAUGCCUUCGCCGCUACGCGGCCACCACCCCCCGGUGGUAUCACAACUAUCUCUCUCGCUAUUUUUUUUUUAGGGUUUAUUAAACUGUUAUUAGGGUUUUUCAAUUGGACAAAGAAUCUGUGGAUUGGAUCGAGCUUCACGAAGCUUCAAAGAAAGAAAAUUCAGGGAAUUUAUGAGGCUGAGGUGCUUCCCUUGUGGGGAAAGCUCACUCUUUCUGUUGCAAUUAAAGUUUUGAUGUGUGGUUCUCUUUGCUUGCUGGUUGGUGUAGCAGAAACAGCAGCACAGCUCUUCUCAUAGUGGUAUACCUACAGGAAACUGUUUCUACUUGAAAAGAGUUUCUGAACUUGAUGGGUCGAUGGGUACUCUAUCUGCGUGUGACUAAGGUGUGAUUAUUUAUUCAAAAUGAUGGUGGUGGAGGUAGUGAGGGAAUGUAGUAGAAGUAGUAGAAAAAUUCCUCCAUUUCUAGGUUUUGUAUAUGCUAUACUUCAUGCGGCUAUUGGUGGAUGACAAUGGACGGUUCCUCAGAGCCUGGUUGGCAACAGUCUGGUAGUUCUAGGGGUUUCAAUGCUUCUGCAGUCUUGGAUAGAAACCCAGGACUGUUCCGUGCCGGCAGAAUCAGGUCCUUCGGUGAUGCAUCACAUGAUUCUGGGUUUGUACCAGGGAGAAAGGAGAGGGAUAGGGUUGUGUUGGCUCACAGAGAUCUUCACAAAAUCCCCACUAGUCUGUCUGGAGUUUGUGAGGAUGAGCUAACGGUGGACCCAGCUAUUCGUACCCUAGAAUGGAGUGAUGUUAGCUUGAGACAAUGGUUGGAUAACCCUGAACGAUCAGUUGAUGCCGUUGAAUGCUUGCUCAUAUUUACACAAAUAGUAGAUAUUGUUAACCUAGCACAUUCACAAGGAAUUGUUGUUCAUAAUGUGCGGCCUUCGCGCUUUUUCACGACUUCUUUCAACCAUGUCUCUUUUAUUGAGUCCGUAUCUUGUUUGGAUUCUGGUUCAGAUUCCUUGGAGGAUGUGUCAAACAGCCAAAUGGCGGAGUUCAAAGGAUCAUCUUCACCUUUUCCCCGUGACUUGCAUCGACAGAGAAGUCAGUUUGGAACAGAAAAUUCUGAACUCGAGAUAAAUCUGUCAUAUGCUUCCCGCAUGGUAUCUGAAACAAGUUGUUUGCAGUCAAGUUCAGUCUACCCGACCCAUAAUCCAUCAGAAGUAGGCAGUAAUGUUGAACAAGCAGAAGAAAAGAAGCAUCCCUUUCCCAUGAAACAGAUAUUGAUUAUGGAAACCGAUUGGUACUCCAGUCCAGAAGAGGUUAGCGGUGCUCCAAGUUCUUGUGCGUCUGAUAUUUAUCGAUUAGGGGUCUUCCUUUUUGAGUUAUUCUGUACAUUUAGCUCGGCAGAAGAAAAGAGUUCAACUAUGUCUAGUCUGAGGCACCGUGUUCUUCCUCCUCAGUUGCUACUGAAGUGUCCCAGAGAAGCUUCAUUUUGCUUAUGGUUACUGCAUCCAGACCCAAGUAGUCGGCCGAAAAUGAGUGAGUUGUUGCAAAGCGAGUUUCUGAAUGAGCCAAGAUACAACAUAGAAGAACGCAAAGGAGCAAUAGAGCUUCGGGAGAGUAUGGAAGAGCAGGAGUUGUUGCUGGAAUUUCUUUUGCAGAUACAACAAAGAAAGCAAGAAUCUAAAAAUAAUUUUCAAGAUACCAUUUCCUUUCUAUCUUCUGAUAUAGAAGAAGUUACAAAGCAGCAAUCAAUUCUUUGGAGAAAAGGAGGCUCAUGUCCAGAAAUAGGGAAGGAUUCUGUUUCUGAUCUCCCUUCAGUGGAAGUUGUUGAAAUUGAAAAAUCUGGUUGCUCAGGGUCUAGAAAGAGAAACAGACCAGGGCUUCAGAAUCACAAUUCAGAGGAAUCUAGUGAACAUCUACUUGAAGAUCAGAACUCAGAGAUGCCUGCUGAAAAUCAAGGAAGUAUUAUCUUGAAAAGCUCACGACUGAUGAAGAAUUUUAAGAAACUAGAGUCUGCUUAUUUUUUUACUAGACACAGGGCUAUAAAGUCAUCAGGGAAAUCAUUAACGCGGCAUUUUCCAAUAAGUAGUGAUGGUAGAGGGUCCAUUGUUGCAACUGAAAAAAGUUCCGUGACUAAUUUACCCUUGAAAGAUCAGUAUAGCGAGGCAAGAGAAAGUGGAUGGAUAAAUUCAUUCCUUGAGGGUUUGUGCAAGUAUAUUUCUUUCAGUAAAUUAAAAGUUAAGGCUGACUUGAAGCAAGGGGAUCUUUUGAAUUCUUCCAAUCUAGUAUGUUCUCUGAGUUUUGAUCGAGAUGGAGAAUUUUUUGCGACAGCUGGUGUGAAUAAGAAGAUCAAAAUAUUUGAAUAUGACACAAUUAUAAAUGAAGAUCAAGAUAUCCACUAUCCUGUAGUUGAAUUGACCAGUAGGUCGAAGCUAAGCAAUAUAUGUUGGAAUAGUUAUAUCAAAAGCCAGAUUGCUUCAAGCAACUUUGAAGGUGUGGUACAGGUAUGGGAUGUUACAAGAAGUCAAGUAUUUAUGGAAAUGAGAGAGCAUGAAAGCCGUGUGUGGUCUGUUGACUUCUCAUUAGCGGAUCCAACAAUGUUGGCCAGCGGGAGUGAUGAUGGUUCUGUUAAGCUCUGGAGUAUCAAUCAGGGCAUUAGUGUUGGUACCAUCAAAUCGAAGGCCAAUGUCUGCUGUGUUCAGUUUGCUGUUGAUUCUGCCCGUACCCUUGCAUUUGGCACAGCAGAUCAUAAGAUUUAUUACUAUGAUCUUCGUAACUCAAAAGUGCCAUUGUGCACAUUAAUUGGACACAACAAAACCGUGAGCUAUGUAAAGUUCAUAGAUUCAACAAAUCUUGUUUCUUCAUCCACGGAUAACACGAUGAAGCUUUGGGAUUUGUCAAUGUGCACAGCCCGGGUUCUUGACUGUCCUCUUCAAUCAUUCACAGGCCACACAAAUGUGAAGAACUUUGUGGGUUUAUCUGUUUCUGAAGGAUACAUUGCUACAGGCUCGGAAACGAAUGAGGUUUUCAUCUACCAUAAGGCUUUCCCAAUGCCGGCUUUGUCAUUUAAGUUCGGUAGCACAGAUCCACAUUCAGGCGAUGACAUGGGUGACACUGCACAGUUCAUCUCAUCCGUGUGUUGGCGUGGUCAGUCAUCCACCUUAGUUGCUGCAAAUUCCAUGGGAAACAUCAAGCUUUUGGAGAUGGUUUAAUGUGAUGGUCAAUGUCCACUAGUCCACUAGAAGCAUUCAUGAUUCGAUCAGGAAAAGAAAAAUAAGGAAACAGAAGCAAAGUCCCCAGGAGAAAAAUGUCGUCGACAACAAAAACAAAUUUUGGCGUUAGAAAGUUAACAUGGAAGACAGAAUAAUCUGUUUUUAUUAUCAAAUGUAAUAUAGAUAAAUGUUUGUAUGGAUACAAGAAAAGCAUGAAAAUCAGCAUUAUUCUUGUAUUUCUUGUAAAAUUAUACAGUUUAGAAUUAUUUUCAAAAAUAAAUGUAAUGUUUCAAAUUUAUUGUUUUUCA